GCGGCUGCUCGAAGCCGUUGGGGCCGAGGCGGUGGUUGGCCGGUGCAGAGGCCCGGGGCCAGGGCAGAGGGGCCGCGUGUUGUCACAGAUCAGAACGGGCCGGGGGCGGGCUCCCGGACCCGCUGUUCAGCCCAGUCAGGACUGAGCCGGGGAAGGUGCGGGGAGCAAAAACUGCGGCUCACGCCACGUUGUUUAGCUUCACGCGGAUCCAGGCGGCGCGCCAGAGGGUCCCGCCCAGGCUAGGGCACCACCAGGGCAGAUGGCAUUCGGGUGGCAUGUGCUGAAGCCCUUUUGCCUGUGAGUUGGUUAUAUGGGAGCUAUUUCAAAUGGCAUCAGAAGGACAAAGCCAGGAAAGAGAGGAUCCAUCUGAGGAUCUUACAACCCAUUUCCGGGGCAACAGAACCUCACACUGGGGAGCCAUCCUCUCUGCAGUGAAAGACCAAAUCCCAUCUCUGGACUCUGACACCUCCGCGUCCGAUUGUGAUGAAGAUGGGGAGCUGUUCAUCUUCCAGCGAGAUCUACCCAAUCUGAUUCCUGACUUGUCGGAAGAACUGACAGAUCUUUCUCCAGGAGACCCAGACAUGCAGCAAAUAUUAGAAUCCGUGGGACACUCCAGAGAGACCUGGAAUGGAGACCUAGAAAGUUCAGAUCUUCAGAAAGAAAUAGAUGUUACCCAAGCUGUGGGAAGAGAAAAUGUACCAUUGGUAAGAGAUCAGACACCUGCUUUUGCUAACCUGACUGAAGAAACUUCAAGCCAACAGAGAGCAGUCCUUGCAGAUCCUACAGAUCAAACUCUCAGAGGGAAAGAACUGGGCAAUGAAAAAGACAGGGAAACAGAAGGCUUUUGGACUAAUAAAGUACUGUCUAUGAAAGAGCCAUAUUUUUUAGAUGCAAACAACAGUCAAGAGCGACGAAAGAUGAUAGAAACAAAAAUACUCUCUAAGGUGACCUUAGAGGCACCAUCUGGAGAUGGAGGCAAGUCAGAGCUAAAAACAAAAUCACCAUUGGAGACUAUCAGUGACAAUCUAGAAAGAAUCACUAAAGCAGAAAAUGAGCAAGGAGCCACUUCAGCUGAACACCCUCGAGGGCUGAUGCUCUUUUCAUUGCAGGAUAUCGAGAAGUGGGAUCUAGACAAGAUUCUUGAGGACCUGGAGGAGCAGAAAGACAGUAGAACUCACUCAGAGGAGCCUGUUCUUCCUUCAAAGGAUCAUAAGGCCUUGACUGCUAGAUCUCAAAGUAGGCUCAUGGAAAAGCUAGAAGAGUUGUGUGCCAAGCAGUCCAAAGCAUUGUCUCCACGCCACAGGAAGCCAUUGGCCACACUUGCUCACUUUCAAGAACACCAAGGAGAUCAGAAAGAAGUCAUCUUCCUGCCACCUCCCCAGAGCUGUCGAAGUAUGGACAUGCCAGAACUGCAGUGUACAGCAGAGCCCCCAACAGUGUACAUUGAUUUACGAGACGCUAAACCACACAGAUCAGCGUUACCAUCCGUUGAAAAUCAAAGCUUGAAUGACAGCUCCACUGAAGAUGAGGAGGAUACAACAGUUAAGGAUGAACAGAAAACAAAGGAGAGAAUGCAAGAUUCUUCCCAAGGACCAUGGGAUUGCACUGGGAAAAGCCUGCUGUUGCAGCAACUCCGUAACUUCCGUAAAGAAGCAUCUCAGCCUCUUGCUAAUGAGGCCUCUAAGCAGGUGCUAAGAGAUGAAGGAGUGAGUCAGGAUCUUGAGAGCCCAGAAGAGAUGGGCACCCUGAAAAUCAGGAGAAAACGCUAUCUAAGAGUGAGAGGGGAAGCAAAUAAGGUGACUUCCAGGUGGCUGGUGCGCUCAGACUCACAGAGGGGAAGUCCUGCCUUGCCAAACCAUGUGAAACAUGGAGCUGAUCCUUCAAGGGAAAACCAGAAGGAGACUGAAGACACUCUAUGUUCAGGAAGUGCUCCAGAGACCCCUCUAAAUAAAGCAGCAGACUCCCCAAGGGCAGAAGAAAGCUUGAGAGAGCUGUCCCUAAAGGAAAAGCAGAUGAAAGAGAAGCACAGGAGGCAGAGACUCCAGGAGCAGCUGGAGCGAUUGCAGCCUCAACACUCGGUCACUGGAAAGCAGCCCAUGGCAGAGAAAACUCCUGUUUUGUUUCACCUGGAAGCGUCUUAUUUGCCAGCUAUUAACACAUUGCCUAGUGCAGACAGCGCUAAUGGUGAGAAGCUUCUCAUGACGAUUUGGCUCGCCAGUUGUGGACAAGUAGCCACGUGUGGUCAGCACAGUGGACGCUUCCCAGACACUGUCUUGACAGCAGCCAGCAUCUACCAGGCUCUUGUUACCUGGCUUCUCUCCCUGACAAUGACUGACCCAAACAAGGUAAAAUCAUGCCCCGAUCCAGCUCAGCUUGAAGUGAUUGGAGAGAAUCCCUUUGAGGUACCUCCCUCGAAAGUGAAAGGUGGGCUCAAAGCCCCGUUUCAGGUGUUGGGUCUGCAGCAGGUCUGGCGAGAGGAUGGGCUGGCACUCUACGCUUGCCUAAUUCCAGCAGAGGAAUCUCCGGCACAGAACAGCACCAAGAUCCGGAAGCAUAAAGCUAAGGAAGCUCUUCGAGGAACAUCCAUUUUUUACCAGCAGAUGUCUACGUACCUCUCCCAUACAUGGCUUCCAAAUGUUAUCUGGUGGAGCAGAGAACUGACCAGUCGCCUCCAGAACCAGCUAUACCCACUCCUUCCAGAGAUUCCCGCUGUACGGCUCAACUGCAUCACCGCUAUUAACCCUGACCCUAAGGCAGUGGAGAAAGCAUUUGCAAUGCCAGCUGGAUUCUACUGGCAGACAGUAGAGACUGAUGAAAAAUACUUCCCUAACAGUAGUGACAUUGGGGCCAGUGCAGAUAUAGACACUGAGGUUGCUGUGGCGUUGCUGUUUGAAACCCUACUCCGAACUCCUUUGGCUGUCCAUCACAUGUUGCAGCUGAUCCUCAGCUCUGGUUUGGAUAUCUGUGGGCUCCGCCUGCUCUAUCCCCAGCACAGCGAGCUGCUCGCUAGCACAGACAAGCUGCCUUCUGCUUAUGCUCCAGAGGCUGGCAAGGCUCCACCUGUGCUGGCUUUAGGCUUGAGAGGGCCAAAAGCACGUAGCACCUUACAAGAUAUCAUAGGGCCCUCGGAUCCACAGCUGGCCAGCAUGACAGACUGCGGCUCCAUCAAUGCCAUCUACUGCAGGAGCCAAGCCGAGCCCCUAGCCUACCUGCCCCACACAGACAGCCGUGUGCACAGGGAGCUGUGCCUCUUGUUCGGAGGGAGAGCAUGCUGUGACGAGGUGCUUCAUGUUGGUGUCCAGAAUCCUGCCUGCAAAUAUAACAAAUCAAGACCUCAGAGUCCUUCAUCUAAUAGAGCAAAUGCUGACCAAGAGAGGGCCGAUCUCCAGGACAUGGCACUGUCCAGACCUCCGGCAACACUGGUCUCGACCACCAAAGGGGAUGUCAUUUUGGUCGUGUCACCUGCUGUGCCUCCUCAUGCAUAUGGGGAUGUGAUUUCAACCUGUACUCAGAGAGGCUUUACUCUGCAGGGAAUCAAGCAGCUGCGACUUUCUCCCAAGCGAGCCAUCAUGCUCAGCAUGACAACAAGUCAGAUGGCUGUAUUUUGCCCUAACAAGACUUCAAGUCCCCCUGAUAGGAGAUCCUCAAGAGAAGAACUUCCUGCUGAGCCACGCUUGCACUGUCUGAUUUUACUGCUGAGAAAGGAGAAUGCUGGCCAUCAUGUUCCUGCAUUUGUGAAAGGGCUGAUGAAUGAACUGGCAGAACGAGGCCUCCUUGGGGAGGUACGAAGCAACUUGCCUCCCAGUGCUGAACUGGAACCUGCAUUGUGUAUUCACGUGGCUCCCUAUACUGACAGCUUGUUGCAGACACUGGGAGGCAAUCUCAGUGCAGUGCCAGACUCAUGUAAUGUUCCUCUGGAUCUUUUAUGCCACCGAACCUACGCCUUGGAUCCUGAAAUGGAACAAGUUGUCAUCCUGACACUGAUUGGAAAGGAAGCCAUGAAGAGUGCUGGCCAUCUUCUUUGCCAAAUCCUUCACCCUGGCUUCCAGAAGCAAGCUCAAAACCCAGAAGGACUUGACCCAGGGUUUGAGCUUCUGAGCCUCAAGUGGUUGCCCCAUCUCACUCGGAGUCAGGCCAAAGAAGUAACCCCUUUCGAGGUGGGAGAUACCUCCUGGCAAAGAAGCAUCAAUAUGCUGAUGUCCAGCCCAGCUCUCAUCUGUGCACUUCGGAGGGUCAAUGCCUUUGGGGUUCUUGCUGAGACCCUGAAGAAGCUGAUGCUGCUGGGAGACAAGCCAAGCACUAACACCAGUGACCUUCAGAGAGUGAUGGCCUUGACCCCAGAGAUGGCCUUCAGGCAGGCAGUCCUCUUCUUCACCGAGAAAGAGUUCAUACCUGAUUGCAAACGUCGCCCUGCUAUGAAGUACCUGCCACCAUAUGGCAGAAGUUCCAGGGCUGAAGGGGGAGAGACUCGGAGAGGCCACGCAGAGUCAUUGUUCACCUACAUGCAAGCAGGAGCCCAGCUUCUUUGUACUGUGUUGCUGAUCAAACCUGGUGUCUGGGCUCGUAGCCUUGCUAGAAUCCUCCGAAAACUAGACCUAGAAAAAUUCAGCCUUGUUGGGAUGAAACACAUAAGCCUGAAACCAGACAUUGUCUUAGGACUCCUCUCAUCUGAAGCUAAACAGGAGCCUGUAAUUUUAGAAGCUCACUGCAGCUACCUCAGCUCUGGUUCCUCCCUUGUGUUGUGCCUGCAGAGAGAGAAUGCUGUAAAGAAGCUGGUAGAUUUAUUGGGGCCAGAGGACCCUACACUGGCUCAAACACUAGACCCAUGCCUUUGGAGGGCUCAGUAUGGUGCCAGCUCAAUACAAAAUGGAUUUUACGGCUCCAGAUCCUAUCAUGCUGCUGUCCGAGAUAUGAAGUUGUUUUUUCCAGAAGGGCUGUGCUGUGCCGAUUGGCGGGUGCUAAAGGAAGAACAGAUUUGUAACAUGAAAUGUGACCCGAUAGUCAGACCGGAAAUCAGCAAGCGGCGCAGGAUUGUAAAACAUGAAACAAGAAGGCAACUCAAUUUCCUGGGCUCUGAGCAGCAGCAUAGUCUAAACCUGCCAUUGCUUGAUACACUCUGCCAAACCACUUGCCUGAUACUUCCCGGGAUAAUCCUUCGGGGUUCAGAGCGCCCGCCUUACCUUGGACUGCUAGACCAGCUGAUUGGCAGAGAUUUCACAGUGACAGGGGUACGGCUCACCGUGCUGGACAAAUCACAGGCUUACCUCAUCUCUGAGACUCUGAGCACUGAGGGGUGCAACGUUUCGACAAUGUGUUCCCUGUUGGACGGGGCAUGUCUGGUGGUAGCAGCACAGCGAGACAAUGCCGUUAUUUGCUUUGACUCCCUGCUGGACAGUGGCCGCUGGCAGAAGCAGGCUGUGCUGGACUGCAUGCAGCAUCUUCUGUAUCCCCAAACGGAGAAACAGGCUGAAGAGCUCCUCUGUUGCCUUUUUGACUCCUUAACAUCCGACAGCUUCUACCGCAUCGAAACCCAGGAUUCCUAGCCAGGAUUUUCUGUUCUCCUGACCAGCCCAAAUGCAAAUCCCAUCACGGAUAUCAGCACAGGUGCACGCCCUCAGGACUCCACUGGUAGAACAGCCUUGUAACCAUUUGUUAUUAAAAUGUCAAGCCCA